GCCAAGAGUCGCGUCGCGUGGCGUGCGCAGGACUACAGCGGGGAGUACACGGUGGUGCUGGUGCCGUGCUGGCGCAGCGAGCGCCUUUCGCCGCCGCCCGGGCCCUGCCAGCCGCGCGCGCCGGUGCGGCUGCCGCUGCGCGUCCGCUACCGCCGCGCCGCCCCGCCCGCGCCGCUGCGCUUCGCCCUCGAGACGCGCUUCCUGCUGGCGCGCGCGCCGCCCCUCGCGCCACCCGACCUGCAGGACUACGGCGGGGCGUUCGCGCGGGAGGACGCGCUGUUCGGGCGCGUGCUGUGGCUGCCGGAGCAGCGCCUCCACGCGGCCUAUGAGCUGCGCGUGCAGCGCGUGCUGCUGUGCGCGACGCCCCGCGGCGCGGCGCCGCCCGCGCGCUGCACGCCGCCCGCCGCCCCGCGCCACCUGCUGCUGCUCCUGGAUAGAGAACACUAUGAUAUAAUUGAUAAAUCUUUCAACGAAGUAAAUUUCAAUGCAUCUUUUGCAUCUGAUUCUCCAUCAAUGACACUUUUGGAUUCGUAUUCGAGUGUUGAUGGAUUCACUUUUGAAGUAGCUCCUUUGUAUUCUCCGGGAACAGAAGAACUUCAAUGGCACUUACAGGUCCUGUAUAUAAUAAAACCUUCACAACAGCGAACUCGUCGAUGGACAAUUCAACGGUUAUCAACUCAAAAUGCUACGUCUAUUAGAACAUUACAGCUCAAGAUAACUGAAAAAUCAGAAAAUGUUACAGAGCGAAUAUUUGGGAUAGCAUUUGGGCCUGCAUUGGUAUUACUUUUCAUUAUUUUGCUGGUAACAAGUGGCUUAUUAUAUACACAAAACAUCUGUUCUGUAAUUUCAAGGCAACCUAGAAGUUCGCAGGUAUAGUAAGUCGCUAACAUCAGGAAAUACAAUAUUUUUGGCAUUCUUAUAUAAAUAAGAUCUAUUAGGAUGCAUUUUUUCAAGAUUUUUCUAACAUAAAUAUGUAUAUUUGAACUUAUUUUUUGAAAAUUAGAGCGUAUUUAUAUUUUAGGAUCAGUGGUGGAGUUUUGACCGAUAGUGCACUCCUCCGCAAGGAAAACACAUUUAUUAGACAACAAAUUUUGUAUUUAAGUUCAUAUUAAUAUUGAUACAAUGUUUUCAAUGAAGUUUGUUUUAUUUAUUUUUAUAAUAAAUUGAUGCAAGUUUACAUUGUUUAUAAAUAAGGGUCGGGAUUGGGAUAAAAUGUUGAAUAUUAUAGAGUUUAAUAAAGAUGUACAUUGAUUCAACUCCAAAGCGUACCUAACUAAAAACAAUUUCGAUUAUCAAUUUUUCCUUAUUUAUUACAGUAAACUGAAAUAAUAUACAUAAUUCAUGAAAAUGUGUGCUUUAGUGCAUCCGAAAUAAUGAGUAAAUAAAAUAAAAACAAGGAAUAUGCAUUGUUGAAAAUAACGUAGCUUUUGGAAAAGGGUUUGGAAAAGAGAAUAAUUUUUAUUUAUCUCGAAAUACAACCUGGAACGUAAAAAAAGAAAUGAAUUAUCCUCCUUAAAUUUUAGACUUAUCUUACAAAAACGGAGCCCUGACUUGUCUGUAUAUUUAAUAAUAUUUGUAAAUAUUACAAUCGUUACAAUCGUUUAGGCUCUUCCAAAAAAUUGGAUAUAGUUUACUUAGCAGGAAUCGACGCCAUUUUUUGUCUUCCUCUGCCACCGCACCAGCCUCACGGCUUUUAAAAGUGAAGUGUGGGUUGAUUUAGCCAACAUAACUAGUGUUUUUGUAAGUAAAUGCAAAGAAUACCACGGUGGAAACGCGUCGCAUUUACAAAGAAUACUUUAAUUACAUGCACUAAAGCAGUGGCGCUGCGCUACGCGUGUCGAAUUUCACGACGAGGCUCCAGCUUUUGCCUACGCGAUUAAUAUCCUUCAGUUUAUCCAAAGCUUUUGCAAAGUAACUCGGUGAUUGCGGCCUUUUCGUCAUUCACAAUUUCUAUUAACUUAAAUCCAUCGCAAUUGUUGUGCUGCAUUUCAAUCGCCAUACGAAUGGCAACACAUUUCAACAAUUGAAUUACGCAUCUUGCGUAGAUAAAUAGUAAGAAAGCUUCAGACAAAAUUGUAAUCUACAGAAUUAUAAAUUUUCUUCUGGAACAUUGUGCCACUUCAGGUCUUGUGCCCUUCCGCAGUCACGGUGGCUGCGGUGCCGUUUCUCCACCACUGAUGCUGAUACAUCUAUUAAUCUCCAAUAUGUCCAUUUCAUGCUCAAAAAAUCAUGAAAAUGUAAAGUAAUAUUGAUUUCCUGCGCCAAGGAACUUCUAAAAUGAAGAAAUUAAAAUUCUAUUGUACAAAUGUACAGAGCUUAGCUCAGUUGUUCAGAGAAGAGACAAAACUGAAAUAGUGAAUUUCAAAAAUCUCUUGAUUUUCUACAUUUUCAGGUAUACUUUAAAUAAUCGGUCAGUUGUAUCAUUGUAAGCAACAAAAAAAAAUUGUCUUGAACUUUCACUGUGCAGUUGCAUUUAUGUUGAAGAAACAUUGAAUUUUAUUCAAUGAUGUGUCUCGUGGACAAGUAUAAUACAAUAAAACAAAUACGCUGUGCACAAAUUACAGAACACAAUUUAAGUAAUUCACACAAAGAUUUGUUCGUCUAUUCCUUCAAGAGGAUAGCACUUAAGGCCUUUUGAUGAUGAAAAUUCAAUUUUCUCGAAAUAUUGAAAACCACCUAGUAUACAGGGUAAGAGUUUCUCACAGUUCAGAGAUAUUCAUUGUGUACUGAAUAGGUUAGAAUUUUCAUGAAUGUUUUACAUGGAAAAUUACAAAAACUGACAGUGUACAUCUGACUGACCGUAAUAAAAAUAAUGCAUACUUUCGUAAGCGGUUAUUAAUGGUUCCAUCGAAAUUUAGCCAUUAAUAAAGGUGACCGCCUUUUGGCGGUUUUGAGGUUACGCGAAGCGUACAUUAGGCAUAUUUGUUCUCAUAAUUCUAUGAAUAAAAUAAGUAUUUAUAAUAAUUGUAAUUAUGUUGACAAAAUAAAU